AUGUGUAGGAUUGGCGAGAUCUCGCUGAUGAAGGACCUUACCAAGACCAUGGAGAUCUCGAUGCGCGAGAUGGAGGAGCAGGAGGCCGCAGCUGCAGAGGCAGAGAAGGCGGCCGAGGUCUCAGGCUCAGCUGAAGCAGCAGGACAGACGACUGGCACUACUGGUGCUGUUCCCGCGACCGGGCCCACGGAUCCCGCCACGACACCAAGUGCUGCCGCCAAAGCCAAAGAGGCAGAGGCUGAAGCGGAGCGAGCAGGAGCACAUGCGGCAGAUGCGCCACCAGCAUAUGGUGCGCCGCCGCCUGCCUACGCCGAACCCGCUGCAGAGUCGUCCACUGCCACUGCCAGUGCCACUGCCACUGCCGCAGGUACCACGACCACACCAGCCGCAGCAUCCGGCUCGAGCACACCGCAGACGCGGGGCAUGCCUAUCCGAGCCGCCAUCAUGGACAAAUCGGAAGAGGAUGCACGCAUGGAAGCUGCAGGUAUGACGGACGCUGAGAAGGAGCUGCGCGAGAAGCAGAAGAAGAAGGCCGGCUUGACCAAAGAGCAGCGAGAGGAGCUAGCAGCAUACGAACUGGAACGCAAGAAGAUCCGGGAAGAGCGCAUCGCUAACCUUUCCAAGAAGCUCAUCGACCGCAUCUCCGUCUGGACCGAGACCGACAAGGCCAGCGACGUCACCGCCGCCUUCAAGGACAAGAUCCGAUUGGAGAUUGAAAACCUCAAGAUGGAAUCCUUUGGUAUAGAAAUCCUUCACGCUAUCGGUACGACCUACACCAUGAAGGCAUCAUCCUUCCUCAAAUCUCAGAAAUUCCUCGGCAUUUCUGGUUUCUUCAGCCGUAUCAAGGACAAGGGUACAUUGGUGAAGGACACCUGGAGCACCAUGUCGGCUGCGAUAGACGCGCAGCUGACCAUGGAAGAGAUGGCCAAGCUAGAAGAGGCGGGUGGUGAGGCAUGGACUGAUGAGAAGAAGGCCGAAUACGAGAAGAAGGUCACGGGCAAGAUCCUCGCAGCCGCGUGGAGAGGCAGCAAGUUCGAGAUUCAGAGUGUGCUGCGUGACAUCUGCGAUGAAGUUUUGAACGAUAAGAAGGUGAAGUUGGAUAAGCGGGUAGAGCGAGCACAAGCGCUGAUGAUCAUUGGAGAGAUGUUCCAGAAGGCUGAACGCGAUCCUGAAGAAGAAGGCGACUUCAUGGCCUUUGAGCAGCUUAUGGCCGAAGCCAGUGCGAAGAAGGAAAACAAGCACGAGAAGCACCAUCACGACAAGAAGGAAAAGAAGAAGGAGAAGGCAUAA